CUUUCCGUUCGGCAAGUUCCCUGUCCCAUGCCACCUACUGCACAUGAAUCGCUAAACCGGAUCUUAAGAGAAACCUCGGGAAUCACAGGACAAUGCAAGCGACGCGCUACUCCCGGUGUCCAGACCAUGUUCUGACGAAAAUGAGGCCAUUUUGAACCAUAAGCAUCUACGUCUUGCCAUUGCAAAGGAUUUAGGAAGGGAAAAGGGCACAUAGUGCGGCUCAAUUGCGCCGUGAACAGAGAAAAGAUCCCCUUCAUUGCGGCCGAAAGUGAUUGGUAGACGAACUGGAGGCAGCUUAGACAGCUAGUCGACAAAACCGCGAUACCAGAGACCGCCAGCCAUGGCGCCGGACGAUCGCCAUGACUCGGCACCCGACCUGCGCAUUCUGGGUGACCGGAUUACCCUUCAACCUGGUGGCUUCGUUGAGCCGCCGGCAAAGGCCGUAGGGGAGGAGGGCGAGGGGAAGGAAGAAGCGCUAAUGAAGAAUAAUGCUCGUUUCCGCUCUGAACCGUUCAGAUUCCUUCGCGAGGUGUCGCUGUACGUCUCAGGUACCGGCUGGCGUGCGUAUGACGAUGUGAUUGGACAGCCCAUCUUCUACUCGGGCUUCUCAGAGCACAUCAAGGCGCAAAUCAUGUCGGCCGCAAUCCUCCAAACAAAGAUCGCGCAGUUGGCUGAUAUGCGUCUCGCUGUCGAGGAGAACGAGGGCUUGCUCAACAAGGACGAUAAGGAUUUCCUGAUCAAGCGGACCCAACGACGUGCCGUCCUUGCCCAGAGCUUGCUGGAGGUGGCCGAGAAGCUGACAGACAACAUGAUUUGCAAGUUCGACAGCAAACCGUUCAUUCGAGGCGCCUACUACGUCGUGUCGCAGCUGCUGCUCAGGGCGUACCACCAGGGGAUCCAUGUCUCGAGCGAGGAGGUUCUGCGCUUGCGCAGUGUUGCCGAGAGGGCGGCAAAGAACAAGCAGAGCAUCAUAUUCCUGCCCUGCCACCGGUCCCACGUCGACUAUGUCUCACUGCAGCUCAUUUGCUACAGACUCGGCUUAGCCCUGCCGAUUGUAGUUGCUGGUGACAACCUAAAUUUCCCGCUCGUCGGCAGCUUUCUCCAGCACGCCGGAGCCAUGUAUAUCCGCCGCUCUUUUGGGGACGAUCAGCUCUACACAACGCUGGUUCAGACCUACAUCGACGUCAUGCUCCAAGGCGGCUACAACCUAGAAUGCUUCAUAGAAGGCGGGCGGUCACGGACCGGCAAGCUCCUCCCCCCCAAAUUCGGCAUCCUCAACUUCGUCCUUGACUCCCUACUCUCCGGGCGGGUCGACGACGCCAUCAUCUGCCCUGUCAGCACGCAGUACGACAAGGUGAUCGAAACAGAAGGCUACGUGACCGAGCUGCUCGGGGUGCCCAAGAAGAAGGAGAACCUGGCCGACUUCCUCACGGGCGGGUCCAGCGUGCUGUCGCUGCGCCUGGGGCGGGUUGACGUGCGGUUCCACGAGCCGUGGAGCCUGCGCGGGUUCAUCACUGACCAGAUCACCCGCCUAUCCAGGGCGCCGUCCCCGCCCACCGGCAGCAGCAGCGUUAAUUGGCGAGACACGCAGAACCAGGUCGUCCGCCAGAAGCUGCUGCGCACCCUCGGCUACAAGGUCCUGGCCGACAUCAACGAUGUCUCGGUGGUCAUGCCGACGGCGCUGAUCGGCACGGUGCUGCUGACGCUCCGCGGCAGGGGUGUCGGCAGGACGGAGCUGAUCCGCCGCGUCGAGUGGCUCUCGGCACGGGUCAGGGCGAAAGGGGGGCGGGUGGCGCAUUUCGGCAACGCCCCGCUGUCGGACGUCAUUGAGCGCGGGCUCGAGGUGCUCGGCAAGGACCUGGUGGGCGUCGUGGAGGGCUUGGCCGAGCCGACGUACUACGCCGUGGACCGGUUCCAGCUGUCCUUCUACAGGAACAUGACGAUCCACCUGUUCAUCUCGGAGGCGCUGGUCGCCGCGGCCUUGUACACGCGCGUCAAACAGGGCGGAGGGCCCGCGAUCCAGGACAUGGCGUUUGAGGAGCUGUAUAGGCAGGUGCUGUUCCUGUCGUCGCUGUUCCGGGGCGAGUUUAUAUACUCGGGCGAAGGGCUGGCGACGAACCUGGAGCGGACGCUUGCCGGGCUCGAGGCGGACAAUGUCAUCUUUAUUGAGCGGGAUGAGGAGGGUAAGAUUACCAAGAUUGGGCUGUCGGAUGCCGAGAGGGCCGCUGGCAGAGAGAAUUACGAUUUUUACUGCUUUUUGAUCUGGCCGUUCAUCGAGGCCAGUUGGCUGGCCGCGGUGUCACUUCUGGGCUUGACCCCGCCACUGGGCUGGAAGGAUGACAUAUGGAUCCAGGUGUCCAAGGCGCAGGACCGCGCGCAAUUUCUAGGAAAAACCCUCUACCACCAAGGCGACCUGAGCUACUUCGAAGCCGUCAACAAGGAAACCCUCAAAAACUCGUACCAGCGCUUCGAAGAGGAAGGCAUCAUCCAGGUGGUCAAGUCCAAGGACGUGCGGGUUCCGCCGCGGCUGCGGCUUGCGCCCGAGUGGCGGCCCGCGCGCGACUCGGAAACGGGCAAGCUCCUCGCCUCGGGCCGCCUCUGGGACUUUACCGAAAAGAUCGCAUCCAGCCGCCGCGAGGGCAAGAACCGCCGUGACGGGGCCACCGUCAGCACCAGGGUUGUCAAGCUUACGGAUGAUUUGGGGAGGAAGCUGUUUGAGGAGGCUGUUAGGGGGGAUAAGGAGGCGGGGAAGGGGAAGGGGAAGGGGAAGGGUAAAGGGUUUAUGGCGCCUGCUAGGCUCAGUAGUGAGGAGGAGAGGAGUCUGAGUAGGGAUGUGAGGGAACGGAGGAGGAGGCGGAUGAUGGAGGGGAGGGCGCAUUUAUGA